UAAAAACAUUAUUCAAACCAUACACUUAUUAAGCUUUUAUGGGUUAUAUUUUUCUAAAAUCGUCAAAUAACAAAAGCCGCAAAAAACCUGCGCGCCAUGCACCCCUAGUAUAUACACGAGGGAAAAAAAGAAAAGGAAAGAAAGGCCUGGAGUUCAUAGAAUAUUGGUCUAAGCUCGAAUAAACGUAGGAAAUGGUGAGAUUAACCAGAAAGCUUUUGAAGGAAGCAGGAUCUGGUCUCAACAAGACUCUUUCCCAGAUACUCGUCUGCCCUAUUUCUAAACAACCUUUAAGGUUCUGUGAGGAAACCAAUUCCCUCGUAAGCGAAGCAAUUGGGGUUUCCUUUCCUAUAAAAGAUGGGGUCCCUUGUUUAGUCCCCAAAGAUGGAAAGAUACUAGAAUUUGAAGACACUCCAAAUGAGUCGUGCAAAGGAGAAAGUUCCUGAGCCUGAAUUAUGUGAAAUUGUAGAUUUGUGCAUCACAAGGGAGUAGGGUUUGUGCGAAUUUUCUCAAAGGUUAUCUCUUUCAGACAACCAUUUUUCAUAUGUUUGUUUAUGGUCCGUGUAAGAAAAUUGGAAUCCCAGUGGUUUACUUACUUUCUUUGAUAGACCCUUGUUACCCUUUGCAGGUGUAGUUGAGAAGUUCAUGUCUUUAUAUUUUAUGAAUAUUACGAAAUGUGUUUCCGGCUUCAACAAUGAUUAAUAUGUUAGUUGCUCUAUCAAAA